GCGGGCUGCGCCGCUUCUUCCCGGUCUCGGCGAGGCCCGAGCACCUGCGGGUGGUGCCGCGUUCUCUUGGCCAUGUCGGAGCCUGUGCCCGCGUUCCUUGACCGGCUGUGGCCUUGGCUGGGUACUCGGACCCCGCCUCUGCGGGGGCCCGCCGCCGCCUCCCCUUCCAAGAGUUUUCUUGGAGGCUUUUUUGGUCCCAUUUGUGAGAUCGAUGUUGUCCUUAAUGAUGGAGAAACGAGGAAAAUGGCGGAAAUGAAAACUGAAGAUGGCAAAGUAGAAAAACACUAUCUUUUCUAUGAUGGAGAAUCUGUUUCAGGAAAGGUAAACCUAGCCUUUAAGCAACCUGGAAAGAGGCUAGAGCACCAAGGAAUUAGAAUUGAAUUUGUAGGUCAAAUUGAACUUUUCAAUGACAAGAGUAAUACUCACGAAUUUGUAAACCUAGUGAAAGAACUAGCCUUACCUGGAGAACUAACUCAGAGCAGAAGUUAUGAUUUUGAAUUUAUGCAAGUUGAAAAGCCAUAUGAAUCUUACAUCGGUGCCAAUGUUCGCUUAAGGUAUUUUCUUAAAGUGACAAUAGUAAGAAGACUGACAGACUUGGUAAAAGAAUAUGAUCUUAUUGUUCAUCAGCUUGCUACCUAUCCUGAUGUUAACAACUCUAUUAAGAUGGAAGUGGGCAUUGAAGAUUGUCUCCACAUAGAAUUUGAAUAUAAUAAGUCAAAGUAUCAUUUAAAGGAUGUGAUUGUUGGAAAAAUUUACUUCCUGUUAGUAAGAAUAAAAAUCCAACAUAUGGAGUUACAACUGAUUAAAAAAGAGAUAACAGGAAUUGGACCCAGUACUACGACAGAAACAGAAACGAUCGCUAAAUAUGAAAUAAUGGAUGGUGCACCAGUAAAAGGUGAAUCAAUUCCAAUAAGACUGUUUUUAGCGGGAUAUGACCCAACUCCAACAAUGAGAGACGUGAACAAAAAAUUUUCAGUAAGGUACUUUUUGAAUCUGGUCCUUGUUGAUGAGGAAGACAGAAGGUACUUCAAGCAGCAGGAGAUCAUUUUAUGGAGAAAAGCUCCUGAAAAACUGAGGAAACAGAGAACAAACUUUCACCAGCGAUUUGAAUCACCAGAAUCACAGGCAUCUGCUGAGCAGCCUGAAAUGUGAACUGAAUAGGAGAAAAAAAAAAAAAAACUCCUAUAUACGUUGAGAUUUAAGUUUGGCAAGUUAAGGUUGCAGCGUGUGAGGGGGGAAAGGCCAAAACUCCAUUUGUAAUAGUCUUCCUUUAUCUUACAGUGCUGAAUUUAUUUUAUGAUAUAACUAAAUGUUAUUCAUGUAUAUACAUUAAAAAAAAGUGCUUUCUUUGAAACACUGGAACUUCUUUAAACUGCCUUUUUUUUUUAACUGUACACUUUGAUUUGAUGAUAAGUACUCACAUGCAUUAGCAUAAAAUUAAAGAUUUUCAUGUAAGCUAGUAUUUGUAAUUUUGCUUUCUUCAUAAUGUUGUAAACCCUUUUCUUUUUUCAUACUAAUGAUUACCUCUGAUUCUCUUCAUACAAAAAAUUAAAUAUUUUGUGUUCAAAUAAAAUUAGAAAACCUGAGUGGCUCUUAUAUCCUGCAAAAAUUUAAAACGUGGCACCUCAAUAUUUUUGAGAACUACGUUUAUGUUUUUACAUGUGUAAAUUCACAUUUAUGUACGAGAAAUGAGUUUACCAUUCUGUGGCUUCUGAAUUUUGUUCUCUUUGAAGUCUUCUGUGGUAUGAGUAUUAAAUUUUUUUUUCCCCCUAAGGGAUUACUUGGAAUGUCAUUGUAGCUUUUUUUUUUUUUGACCAUAUUAAGUAACCAUUUUGGUACUACUAUCCAAUAGGUACCACUGUAGGUUUUAUACAGUGUGGAGCUGACUCAGUUGGCAUUUUAGAAUCUGUUAAAAUUAUAUAGUUUUUCCAUGAAUACUUUGGGAAAAAAAUUUCUGACUUAACCUUUUUACCACAAAUAUGCAAAUGUAAUUUUCUUGACUUCACAAAUAUUCUUCUUCCCUUUUCAGGGGAAAAAUCUGAGGAUGGGAGACUUAGGAUAACCAGUGAAGUGAUAGUUACCAAGAUAUGGACCAUUUCAUGUUUGUUAAAUUGGAAUCUUCACUAGGUUCAAACUCAAAUUUAAACUUCUUCACCUACUAUUUAAAUAUUUUUAACAUUAAAUUCAAGUAAUUUGUUGAAAGCCUGUAAAAAAGAGGGUUGCAGUCAUCUCUUAUGCUAUGCAUGGGGUCUGAUCUCAAAUACACUAAAUAUGGGGUGUAGAAACUAAAAUGAAGCCUGCUAUGUGAAACUACUUUCACUUAUGGUCAAUGGUUUUUGUACCAAUAUUUUUUAUACACUUCAGUGCAAGUCCUGUCAGUUAACCUUACUUUAUGAGUAAGCUAAAUAACCCAAAUUACAUUUAAGCCUGUUUUACUACUGUGGCACUUUGAAAAAUGCUCAGAAACCAACUUCUUAAUUGGCAAAAGGUUCCAUGUACCAUGUGCUGAAGCAUCUACUUUAAAUGUGGAUAUCUGUGAAUGAUAAUGUUUUCCUUCAUGUAAGUGCCUGUUCAGAGUUUCAGAAUUUAAAAAUGCCAAAUAUUUUCAUGGUCACUUGCAUGUAGAAAUCUGGAAAAUAUUCAGAGAAAACCUGAAAACCAGUUGUAUUUAACCGGCCUCAAAUUGUGCAACCAUGAUGUAAAAUAAAGAAUUUGAAACAGGUA